AUGGAAGUAGAGCAUACGACGACGCCGGCAGGGCAGGAUGUUAUACAGGCGGAGGGAGGCGAGGCAAAGGAGAUGGUCAACUUCACCCUUAACUUCAAGAAGGAGAAGUACGAGAUCUCGUGGCCUUGGGAUGACAAGAUUGGCAAUUUGCGAGCGCACAUCACCCAGUUGACGGGCGUGCCCAUCCCUCUGCAGAAGCUCAUGGUCAAGGGUGCCGUAAAAGAUGACAGCGCUACUCUGCGAUCGGUUGGCAUCACGCAGGGUGCCAAGGUGAUGCUUAUUGGCAGCACCAUCAGCGACGUCAUGAAGGUGAAUCUGACCCCCGACCAAGCGUCCACCGUGGUUGCCGAAGAGGAAACUAAGUCCACCGAACCCUUGUGCGAACAAACUAAGCACAAGAAGAUCAUUGAGAAGGGUCUGCCAGACAACGUGCUCAGGGGAGUCAAGGGUAGAAAUGACCCGCUGCCCUCCACACCGCUGGUGGGAGUGCUAAACAACAGAGGCACGAACGUGCGCUUGACGUUCAAGAUUUGGUCGCAAGAGUUGUGGAUUUCUUCCAAGACGAGCACGCAGCAGAUCCCCUUCCCGCAGAUCCGUGACGUGACCUCGGAGCCCAUCAAGGGACACGAAGAGUAUCACAUCGUGAGUCUUCAGCUUGGGCAGACCAACACCGAGCACACGAAGUACUACCUCUACUGGGUACCCGCGCAGUACACCAAGGCCAUCAGGAACUCGGUGCUGGGGACCUUCGAUUGA